GGGGAGGGGAGAGCGGGUCGGUGGGGGUAGCUGAGAGAAGAUGAGGCGAACGGAGCGGAAACACCGAGGAGGACCGGCCGCCGCCAUAUUGUCCGCCAUCGUGUGCCUGAGCGCCGCCAUCAAUGCAAGAGCCGCAAUUAUAUUCAGCAAGCAGCCAUCAUCUCAGGAUGCUUUACACGGUAGGAGCGCCUUCCUGCGAUGCGAGGUGGAGGACCCCUCGGGGGUACAGUUUGAAUGGUUACACAAUGGCGCCCCCUUAAUAGACACAGAGCGGAGAUACCACGAGGGGGGCAGUCUGACGAUCACCGCUGUGGACAGGAAGCUGGAUGGCGGGAGCUUCCAAUGUGUGGCCAGAAAUCCGAGUGCAGGAGAGGAAGCGCACAGCAUCAACGCUUCUUUCAAUAUUAAAUGGAUUGAUAGCGGAGCCGUGUCCUUACAGAACCCAAGCAGCAUUGCUGAAAUCCAGAACUUGUCACCGGUCACCCUGCGCUGUCACAUUGAUGGGCACCCGCGUCCGCUGUGUCAGUGGUACCGAGACGUGACGUCACUGACGGACAAUGGGCAGUCCUAUUCCAUUAAUAACAAAGAGCGCACUCUGACCAUACACAGCGCGGGGCCCGAUGACAGCGGAGAGUAUUACUGCUGUGCGAACAAUGCGGCCGGAGCCGUCUGCAGCAACCGUAACUUCACAUUGAAUAUCAUCGAUGAAAGUUCUCCUCAGGCUGAGAUCACCCCCGAGGAUCAGAUAGUCAAUAAGAAUGAAGAUGCCAUUUUCCACUGUAAAUUCACCGCAGUGCCUCCUCCUGUACUGGAGUGGUUCUUCAAAGACAACAGCAGUCUGGUGAACAAGACCCGGAUCACCGUCUUCCAGAAUGGCUCCCUUCUGAUCAGUUCUAUUGGUGUGCGAAAUACCGGCACCUAUCGCUGUGUGGGGACAGGACAACGGGGCAAGCAGCUCACUCUGCCAGCAAAGCUUGGCCUGGCCAAAAUCGAGGAUAUGCGCCCCUUGUCUCCCCGUAUUCUCACUGCAGGCACAAUGCAUCACGUUAUCUGCAGGCAGCCAGACGGACUGCCGACGCCUACUAUGUGGUGGACGAGGAGUGGGCAACGUAUUCCACAAGAGGGGAGGGUGUACCAGAUUAGGCAGGAAUUGGUUUUCAGCCCCAUAAUGGAGGAGGAUACUGGUGUGUACACGUGCCAUGCUGCAAACAAGGCAGGCGAGAAACAACAGGAUCUGGAAAUCACUGUGGCGACAUUUCCUGUGUGGGUUGAGAGGCCACAGGACACGGGGAUGGAUGAAGGGAAACCUGGAUUCCUACACUGCCUCAGUAGAGCGUCUCUGGAGCCGAGCGUCACCUGGUAUCGCAAUUUAAUUCCCCUUUCCUCGGAAUCCCGAUUCCAUAUCUUUGAGAAUGGAACGCUAAAAAUCCUGAAUGUGGAAGUGUAUGAUGGAACCGUGUACAAGUGUGUGAGCAGCACGCCAGCUGGCAGCAUCGAAGCCUCUGCGCGAGUCACUGUACAAGAGAACCUGAAGUUCACCCCUCCCCCUCAUUCUCAGUGCUUGGAGCUGGAGAAAGAGGGAACCGUCCAAUGUUCUGCAACGGGGCGCGAGAAACCCACCAUCCACUGGAUGAAAGCAGAUGGAAGUAGCUUACCCCCUCACGUGGGUUCGGAGUCCGGUCUUCUGCGCUUUCACCGCGUCACCCGUACUGAUGCUGGAAAUUACACCUGUAUUGCUUCUAACAGCCAGCAGGGGGAGAUAAAAACCACAAUUCACCUCUCUGUGGCAGUCUACAUCAGCUUCCGAAUCAUUCCGGAGAACACCACAGUCUACCGGGGAAACACCGCGAUUCUGCACUGCCAGGCCACUGCUGACCCUCUGCCGCAAAUUCAUUGGCGAGGACGUGAUGGCUUGUUGGAUAACACCAAACCACAUCAGAGGAUUCAGGUCAUGCCGAAUGGCUCUCUUGUUGUAUAUCAUGUGUCCGGUGAGGACUCUGGGAAAUACACUUGUAUUGCCGGUAACGCUUGUAACAUCAUCCACCGCGAUACCUUCCUGUAUGUCGUAGAAAAGCCUGUUGAGCAGCAGGAUCAUAACUUCAACCCCCCGUACGAUAUGAUCCGGACAAUUAGCCUGUCGGUGUGCGCUGCAGUGGUGUACAUUAUUGUUGUACUUGGGCUCAUGUUCUACUGUAAGAAACGCCGCAAAGCCAAAAGACUGACUAAGAAGGACGGAGACGAGCCAGAAAUGGAGUGUCUAAAUGGUGGCACCGCACUACACAAUGGACAGACCACCGCUGAGAUCCAGGAGGAGGUGCCGCUCACCACACUGGCAAACAAGAGACUGAGUUCCGGAGAUAAAAUCAACUUCCCCCGAUCCAACCUCCAUCCAAUCACUACACUAGGUCGUGGUGAAUUUGGUGAGGUGUUCCUUGCGAAGGCUCAGGGCAUUGAUGCCGGAGGGAAAGACACCGUGGUCCUGGUAAAGGCUUUGCAGACUCGCGAUGAACAGCUGCAGAUGGACUUCAGGCGGGAAAUGGAAAUGUUUUCUAAACUCAACCACGCCAACGUGGUACGGUUACUUGGUCAGUGCCGCGAGGCGGAGCCACAUUACAUGAUUCUGGAAUACGUGGACCUGGGAGAUCUCAAACAGUUUCUACGAAUCUCAAAAAGCAAAGAUGAGAAGUCAAAGGGACUGAGCACCCGGCACAAGGUGUCGCUGUGCUCACAGGUGGCUCUGGGAAUGGAACAUUUAUCCAACAACCGUUUUGUGCACAAGGAUCUGGCUGCUCGGAACUGUCUGGUCAGUGCCCAGCGGGUGCUGAAAAUCUCCGCUCUAGGGCUGAACAAGGAUGUAUAUAACAGUGAAUACUACCACCUCCGGCAGGCCUGGGUGCCCCUUCGCUGGAUGCCACCAGAAGCCGUACAGGAAGAUGACUUUUCCACCAAAUCCGACAUCUGGUCCUUCGGGGUGCUGAUGUGGGAAGUCUUCAGUUUGGGGGAGAUGCCGUUUACUGCCAUGCCUGACGACGAGGUGCUAGCCGGUUUACAGAACAGCUCCCUGAAGCUCUCGGCCCCGGAGAAUUGUUCUUCCCGCUUCUACAAGCUGAUGCAACGCUGCUGGGCUUUGAGCCCCAAAGAUCGCCCUUCGUUUAGUGACAUUGCAAAUACUCUCGGAGAUGCCCCCGCGGACAGCAAGGUGUGAGUCCUCCCCCCUCCUGAGUGGUGGAGGGGGGUGGGGAGAAGAAGCACAGAGCCCCGCCUCAGGGAGGGGCCAGCACAAAACUAUAAGACAUUUUUACAGCUGCAAUAGGUACAACGGCGGCAUUCAGCCCCGCGUGUCUGGUGCUGCAAUCAGGAACUACGGACCUCUGUGAGGGAGAACAUUCCUUCUAAAGCACAAAGACAGACUCCGUCCUCUGAACACAUCGCUACCCCCCCCCCCAACAGGGGACUGGUGUGUGUUUUUGUUACCCUUGACAUUGGGACUGUUACGUGUGUACAUAAAUUAUUAACACUAAUGUUACAUUUUGUUCUAGAAUCAGGUAUUUAUUCACUAUAGAUUAACGCUACAAGCUGGUACGAGCGGACGCAGCCUCGGGUCUCCCACCGCAGAUCCCGCUCUUGCCAUCCCUGAACACUACACUCAUCAUUAACACUAAUUGGGGGGGGGUUUGCUGUGGUACGAGGCCGCAGAAACACUCAAAGAUUAACACUAGCUGAGCUGGGAUUUCCCACCGGGGACUGAGUACCGAGUGUCGGCAAGUUCUGCUGAUGUGACUGUAAGUAGGAUAUUAUUGUCGGUCCUGAAUCCCCCCCAUGUGCUUCAUUAGUCCAUGUGCUACCUAUAAGCCUAGGACCGUUCUGAGGGGGCUGCACCCCCCCCCGGGAUCCAUGGAUGGUUCAGUCCAUAGGGGGCCAUCACUAUGACAUCAUGAGGCUUCUCUGCUUGCUUGUUGUGUUCUUUGUAUUAUUUGAUGCACCGAGUCUUCCAUGUAUUCUCACACUAAGUGCCUGCGGAAUGAAGGAACCCUGCCUGGCAAUAUAACUCGGCCUUAAUACAUUUGGGACCUUUUUUCUUUUUUUUUAUCCAGUGAAUUUUUUUUACUGAUUUUUGUUUUUAUAUGUUUUUAUAUGUUUGGUUACAAAUUGUAGAUUUUACUUUUUAAAUGAAUUGUUGGGCUGCUUAUGGCUCAACCUGCUGUUUUUUUUUUGUUUUGUUUUAAACUGUUGCACCUAAUAAAAUAGCCUUUUUAUACUGUA